AAAGGGAUUAGUUACUGUUCAAUUUUUGCUGUCCUUGUUCUGAAGAGGUUACCAAAAAAAAAAAAAAACAGGUUGUUAAAUGAACCAGCAACAGUUUCCAUUCCACCCUAUGAAACCAAGAGCUACAAAUACAAACGAAAAGAGUGCUGAAUUCUAGAUUUUGCUUAGAAGCCAUGGUGACUUCAUCAUUAUCAUUUAGGCUAUUAGAGAGCCUUGUUGGAAUCUCUAUAGUCGCUUUGCUUGCCUUCUUGUCUGCACAUGUUCAUGCCCGGCCUGAUUUAAGGGAUGCUAAUGAACUGUUUAUUAAGAAAGCUGACUUCCCAAAUGAUUUUGUGUUUGGAGUCUCCACUGCUGCUGCGCAGAUUGAAGGAUCAGCCAAAGAAGGAGGAAGGGGACCAAGCAUAUGGGAUGAGUUUGCUAGAGAUUUCCCAGGAAAAAUUGAUGGUGGUGGAGAUUUGGAUACAUCAAUUGAUUCAUAUAAGCGAUACAAGGAAGAUGUGAAGUUUUUGAAGGACCUUGGAGUGCAUUCUUACAGAUUUUCCAUCUCCUGGACCAGAAUUUUGCCUAAUGGGUCUUUGAGUGGUGGAAUAAACCAAGAGGGUAUUGAUCACUACAACAACCUGAUCAAUGAAUUGCUACUAAAUAGCAUUAUACCUUUUGUGACUAUAUUUCACUUUGAUUCACCACAAGCCCUGCAAGAGAAGUAUGGAGGCUUCUUAAGCCGCUCAAUCAUUGAUGACUUCAAGGCCUAUAGUGAAAUUUGUUACAAAGAAUUUGGAGAUAGGGUCAAACAUUGGAUUACAAUCAAUGAGCCAUAUAUUAUCUCUUAUUUUGGGUAUGAUCUUGGGCUUGCUGCACCAGGCAGGUGCUCUCUACCAGGGCCACCUGGUCCAUGUCCAGCCGGUAAUUCAUCUACAGAACCUUACAUUGUAGCGCAUAACCUUCUCCUUGCCCAUACUGCAGCUGCUAGGCUCUACAAAAACAAGUUCCAGGAAACACAAGGAGGACAAAUUGGAAUUAGUCUUGUGGGACAAUAUUUUGAGCCUUAUUCAGAAUCAUCAGAGGAUAAAGCUGCAGCAAAAAGAGCUCUUGAUUUCAAUUUAGGAUGGUUCAUGGAACCAUUAGUGUUUGGUCAUUACCCAAGCAUCAUGAGAAGCCUGGUGAAGGACAGGCUGCCCACUUUCACAGAAGAAGAGGAAAAAAUGGUUAAGGGGUCUUUUGAUUUUAUUGGCAUCAAUUAUUAUACUUCAAGAUAUGCUAAAAACCUCCAACCAGAUCCACAUGCAACACCUGAAUACAGUACUGACUACUUAACAAAUACCACAGCUUAUAAAGAUGGAGUUCCUAUUGGUCCUUUGGCACCUGGAAACUCUUUUAUUUACAUUUAUCCGAUAGGGCUACAGAAACUUUUGGAGUUUAUGAAUCUUGAGUACCAAAGUCCCACAAUAUACAUUACUGAAAAUGGAAUUACUGAAAAAAGGGACGAUAGCCUUGAAGUUACUGAAGCACUAAAGGAUCCAUAUCGAAUCAACAAUAUUCUCCAACAUCUUCAUAAGAUCCAUGCUGCAAUGCAGAAUGGUGUGAAUGUUAAAGGAUACUUCUACUGGUCUCUAUUUGAUGACUUUGAAUGGGGGGACGGCUACCAUUUGAGAUUUGGGCUUUACUACAUUGAUUUCAAGGACAACUUGAAGCGCAUUCCCAAACAGUCAGCUUUGUGGUACAAGGAUUUCAUCCUUUAAUGCAACAACACUAAAGCCUAGGAAAAUGUAUCUUGUGCAUUGGAUAUAUAUUUAUAUAUAUGCAUCAUCUCUCUUACAUAGUUAUAGAGUCUAUAUGUUGUGAGAUAAAUGAUGUAUAUAUUCAGUGUAGGAAAUAAUUAUUGAAAGCUUAAAUAUUGGUUGAUUGCACCCCAAUUUUCUUGCAUUGAGUUGCCUAUGAAUGCAGCAAGC